GCUGCAAGUAGUUCGCCGUCGGCUCGCGAGAGGGCCUCGCGGUAGCCGCUCCCUUCGCGUUCCCUCCCCCAGGGCUGGAAGUGAAGUGAACCGUCUUCGUUCCCGAGCACGCCUUGUUUAGCUGAGAGAAGAAAAAGAAGGAAAUUGCGCGGUCUAGCGAGGCUGGUAGUUCUCCCGACCGACGCCACGCGGCGCUAGCGAUGCGGCCCGAGACGCAGACGAAAGGCGCCGGUCCCGGGCUGCUGGCGCGACUGCUGGCGUGGCUGGCGGCGCUGCUGGCGCGACUGCGAGGAGGAGGAGGAGGAGGAGGGGGCCCGCUGCCCCCGGGCCCCGCGGGACUGCCGCUGGUGGGCUGCCUGCCCUGGCUGGACCCGGCGGCGCCGCACCUCAGCCUCGCGCGCCUGGCGAGGAUUCACGGCCCCGUGUUCGGCCUGAAGCUGGGCGGCGUGUACGCCGUCGUGGUGUCGGACCACCGCCUGGUGCGGCGCGCUCUCGCCUCGCCGGCCUUCGCGGGCCGCGCGCCGCUCUUCCUCACGCACGGCAUCAUGCAGGGACACGGAAUUAUAUGUGCUGAAGGUGCGUUGUGGAAGGACCAACGCAAGUUCGUGUCUACUUGCCUGAAGAACUUUGGAAUGGUCAAGUUCGGUCUGAAGAGAGCCAAGCUUGAACAGCGCAUCAUGUGUGGAGUCAAGGCGUGCCUCCAGGAGCUGCGGUCCACAGCCGCCCCGAGGGACCCCUUGCACGCCCUCCACCACUGCCUGGGCAACGUGGUCAACUCCCUGGUGUUCGGCCGCACGUGGGCCGACGACGACCCCGUGUGGCGCUGGCUGAGGCAUCUCCAGGAGGAAGGCACCAAGCUCAUCGGCGUCGCCGGGCCAUUAAACUUCCUGCCGUUCCUCCGUUUCCUGCCGCGCUACCGGAGGAUGAUGGAGUUCCUGGUGACGGGGAAGCAGAAGACCCACGACGUGUACCGGGCGCUGGCGGAGGAGCGGCUGAGGAGCGGCGAGGACCUGGAGCAGAGCGAGGACGUCAUGGCCGCCUUCCUGGUGGAGAUGUCGCGGCGCAAGAAGGCGGGAGACCAGGGAGCAGCAGCAGGAGGGGAGGACUUCUACACCGCGGAGCAGUUCCACCACCUGCUGGCCGACCUGUUCGGCGCAGGGGUGGACACUACCCUCGCCACGCUGCGCUGGUUCCUGCUCUUCGUCGCCGCCGACCCUGACCUGCAGGCGCGGGUGCAGGAGGAACUGGACGGCGCGCUGGGCCCCGACGGACGCCUGCCGACGCUGGACGACGCGGCGUCGCUGCCGCUGACGUCGGCGGCCCUCGCCGAGACGCAGAGGAUCCGCUCCGUGGUGCCGCUGGGGAUCCCGCACGGGGCCCUCGAGGACACGGAGCUGGCCGGCUACAGCAUCCCGCGCGGCACGAUGCUGGUGCCCCUGCAGUGGGCAGUGCACAUGGACCCGGAUCUGUGGCCGCGGCCGGAGGUCUUCGACCCCAGCCGCUUCCUGGCGGAGGACGGCAGCUUCCGUCGCCCCGAGGCGUUCAUGCCCUUCCAGACUGGUAAGAGGACGUGCGUGGGCGAGGACCUGGCGCGCAUGCUGCUGUUCCUGUUCGGCGCCGCGAUCCUGCGUCGGUUCCGCGUCCGGCCGCCGGGAGGCGCCCCGGUCGACCUGGAAGGAGAGGCGGGCAUCACCCUCACCCCUCGCCCCCAGCCCCUGGUGUUCGAGCCCCGGUCCUGAGCAGCCUUCUCGCAUACCCUAACAUCUCGCGUUCUUUCGGUGUGGUCCUUGCAAUUAGGGCCAACCUUUGGUUCUUCUAGAAGUUUCGUUCGGCCAGACGCAGGGGUGUAGGGAAGGGGGGGGAAUCAUAGGGAUCCAUCCCCCCCCCCCCGAAAUGUGUGGAAGGUUUUUUUUUAUUACCUGAGUUGAGUUUGUAAAUUGUGUUAUUUUAAUAUUCAAAAUCAAUGUUUACAGCAGAACAAUAUUCAAUGUUAUAUUAUGAAAACUGCUAAAAAUAGCACCAUUUUGCACGUAAAAAUCCAAAUUUUUCCGGGGUAUGGCCCCCGGACACCCCCCGUUUCGUAAAGGGGGGUGGGUGAAUAGCCAAAUGUUUAAUUCCCCCCCCCCGCCAAAAAAAAAAUAAAAUCCUGGCUACGCCCCUGGCCCAGACGCCAUCUCUGGUUACACUGUACGUCACAAGAAACCAAAGUUUCCGUCCACAAAAAAAAAGGGGGACCAAAAUUUCGUGGGCUGUCAAAACUGAACUAACUAAACGCCCAAGCUUUAAAAUAUCUAACAUCCUUACUCGAAACCCCCCUUUCAGAAGACGUAGAUUAACCGUAGGGGUAUAACUGUUAUGUCUAUGACUUUGAAUAAUUUUUUCUUAGAUCGGGGACACUAAGGACUCACUGCCUAUGUACCAACUCAUCGGGUGGAAGAAGAGUGAAAGCCCCCGAUUUCUCAAUUACGAAAAAAAAAUCACACCUAUUUAUGUUAACUUUGACGCACUCCCAAAGGACUUCACUUGAACAUUGACAGAAAACUCUCAUCGAUCCGGGGGGAAGGGGGAAGGGUGGUCGGAGGCCCUCGAAUUUUUAGAAAGUAGCGAAAAUCAUUUCCAAUGAAUUUCGAAGUAGAUUAAAGAUAACAAUUAUGUGUGGAUAUACUCCUUCCCCUACUCGGGGGUAUAAAUUGAAUUUUUUUUU